GCUUCAAAGCGGACACCUAACCUAAGCUUCAAGAACAGCAUUUCUUCAACCUCCAUACCUGAAAAACAAUCACUAUGUCCUCCUCAACCUUGCGAGCCUCCUCCACCAAUAUUCCCGGUGGCGGCCAGCACCGCCUUCCCCGGAUCAUCGCAGGUCUCCGAGAAACCUUAGCCCUGGCCAAAACGCGAGGUUAUCUUCUCUACUCCGUGAAUGCGAACCUACUUCGGGAUCCGUACAGCAUCUUCCAGAAUCUAAGACAAAGAGGCGUCGACUUGCUGGAACACAAGAGGGUGGAGUACUACCAAGGUGUCGAGGAUGUCUAUUACAACAAGAAGAACAAUGAAGAUGUGCAGAACAACAAUUAUAAUUCGACGUCGAGAGCCAGUAAUAUUGCAACUGGCUCGAUUUAUUCGAACAGCGCCAACAAAAUGGAAGAAUUCGAUCUGGAAGGCGCAGCCGUUCUUCAGGAACGACAACGGGAACUGGUGCUGUGUCAGCUCUACACUGAGUUGUCAAUCGAUGCCCUGUUGGACAAUCACUACGAAACUCUGCCGAAACUACAUCGAGCGCGCAUAAUCGAGGCCAUUGUGGGAGAACUUGACCACUUACUCCGAUCACCGGAUGAUAUGAGGAGGAGAAGGGAUGAUGGUGCGAGCCGCGUUAGAAUUUUUUUUUGCUUAUGUCUAUGUGAUCCUCGAGAUUGUUCUCCUCGUGGUUUCCAUUUCUUAGUUCUGGUGAUGUCGUAUUCAAGUAUGUCGAAGUAGGAACAACAAGUCUUGAUGUUGUAGCUGGCAGGUUUACUCUCAUCUCGUCGUCUUCGCAAGUGACCCACCAGCAUCAUCUUCUUCUUCAUCAGGUAACAACCGAUUGGGCAUGCUUCCAGUAAGUGGCGACCCAGCGGAUUUUAUUACGCCACUGAAUCUUUUGAAUUCCGGUUUCCAGAUGAUUGGAAAGGAUCCCUCUUCCAGCAGCUCGAGUGGAACUGCAGGUGCUUUACCCUAUUCCGACGAGAGGCUGAUGCAUUAUCUACUUUCUGAACUAGUGAAGACUCUGCUACGUUUGGAAGUAGGCAAUAGAAUACAGAACCUAAGCGAGCACCAGUCUGGCUCUGGUUGUGGCAAGCCAGCAGCCGCGGCUGUGUCUCCUGAAGAUGAUGCUCUGAUGAGAACGUUACAAAGUAGUAUGGGACGAGGUGGUCGUAAGAGGAGAAGUGGAGCAGGGGAUGGAUCAUUGCGGGGCACCUCAGUCACAUCUUUUAACAACUCCUCCAAAUCAGCGGUGGUAGCGGCUAAUGCACUCAAUACAACUACUAGAAGUACUAGUUCAGGAGCAGGACCACCGUCUUCUUCAAAGAAUGGUACAUCAACGACCACAACUUCAAAGGAUGGAGGUGGCAGAGUCGACUUACAGUUGUACGAAUCGCUCAUGAAGGGGUCGGUUUGGGAAGGUUUUCGACGUCUCCACUUCGUGAAGCAUCCUCAGGUCCGCAAUACCCUCCAAAAAGCCAUUCCCCGACUGUCAAAAGUGCGGCAAAUAGCCUUCUCUCAUCUGUUGCAUGCACUGUGCGACGUACAAACAUUGUCCUUGUACAGAAGAGAGUGCUCGAAUAGCUGGGCGAAUAGGAAAAUGCUGGAACAAGGGGGUGAUGCCCGCGGAAUCACACUAAGCGGAGGAGGGAGAGGAGAUGUGGAGAUGUCAACAGCAGCACCAAAAAAACCAUUCCGAUCCUCCGCACAGCCAUGUGGAGUUGGUAGUAGAGGCAUAUUGGACGAAGUGACUACGACGAGAUGCACAAAAAGAGCUUCAUCACAAGCACGGCUGGCAGAUCCAGGAUUAAGGGUAGGUUAAAGGUGCUUUUCUUACCGCUUUUUAUGCCUCUCCUAAGGGAGAAAGGCAUAAAAAGCGGGGUAAGCGAGCACCAAAAACCUACCUCUAACAGGAGAUCCAGCAUCUGUUGAUGAGCCUCCGCCAAAUUUCGCGAACGAUUUUCUUGCUGUUCAACCAGUGAUCAAGGAUCAGUAUCAGACGACAACCGCGGUGCACACGGAACUUGUCAACAACGUGGUGAACUGCUUUCUUUAAGGCUAUCAGUCGCGUAGCCUCGUCCACCUCUGAUGUAAGUACAAAAACACUGCCUGAUGUAGUUGUCUUUGCUCCACCAUCACCUACUUACAUGAACAUGUCUUUAUCUGCAAUAUUGGAGACUCCUACGACCGUCGAUCAAGAGCAUUUCUUUCUUAUUUUGACCCUUGUCUUCCUUCUGUGCGUUAUAGGCUUUUCUUUACUGAUACAUUACUCACUCCACUCAUUUUUUCUUCUAUUCCCUUUGAUGGCUACUUUCUUGGCGGAUGCGGUGCAGCAUAUACUAGAGUUGUAAUCUCCCUCUUGCAUUGUUGUAUACUAGAGUUGUAGUCAUAAGUACUUGCUUUGAUCAUGAUCGACGCAAAAACAAGCACAAGCACAAAUAAAAAUCAUCCACCUGCUCUAAUCUCACGUCGCCUUGUCCGAUUUGCCCACAUUUUACUGCGCGUCUCAGAAACAACUUCUAGACUUCCGGAAAUCACCCUUUUUGACCAAAGUCCAAAAGGGCAAGCUAAUUGGCAAGUUGAUUGCCGAUCCAGAUGGUGACGUGGCAGACUUUGGCAUUUCAAGGUUUUUACAUUUGGAAGAGUGGUGUCCUCCACCUAGUGGUACAACUUCUGGAAGAAAAAAUAUACUGCACCAGGAUGAAAACCGUCGUCCGGUAUCUGCUUCCGCUUCCCUACCAUCAAAAAGGAGUCCGACUCUGUACCAUUCUAAUCCUGUUCAACAGAAACAAGAACCUCAAGUACAACUAGAACUACAUCCGCCACAAACAAGUCAAAGUCUUUCCCAAGCUGUCGAAGCUUUGCAUCGGACAAUGCCAGCUAACACUGACCCUCUAGGAGAGACAUUGAUGGGUGGGGCUACUGGUGCAUUGGCUGGGUUGCCUAAGAAUGCGUUUGAUGCCGCGGUGAUGAGGUUUCAAAAUAUUGCGGAGAGGGGAUUAUAGUUCUGAAACUAUAGUUCUAGUUACUUCUGUUCGGGAUAAUUAAUAUGCGACGGCGCUGAGGAGCUUGUGUAUGUUGAGCUUCUUUCCGAUAAGUAAAAACGUUUUCAAGCAUUGCCAGGUGGAUUCAACAAGAUGAAGCUACUCGCGUAUAACAACGAU